AUGGAACGUGAGGAUGUAGCAAGACGUUAUUCAAUUGUUGGUAAAUUAGCUCAUUAUAGUGCAAAAUUUAGACUUGAUGAUGAUGGACAAUAUUUACUGGCACAAGUGCGUAGGCAAUCUCCAUCAUUAUCAAGAAUCGAACGACGCAGCUCAAUUGUAUAUACACCAUCUAGACCAGUAGAAAAUAGAAAAUCUCGUUUUUUACCCUUAUGGCCAGAAUGGAAUGAAGCUGAUGUUAAUGCUGAAUCAUGGGAUAUUGGAAGUGUAAAAAAGAAAGAUGCAGGAACAACUAAAGGUCGUGUCGAUGUAAAAUCAGCUAGUUCAGUGGGUACACAUGGUUUUGAAGAUCCCGAAGGUAAAGUCGAACUUCCUCCCACAAUCAAAGUUGAUCAAUGGAAAAGACCAAUCGAUUUUCUCCCAUCCGAUAAAUCUCCAGUAGUUGUUGAUCCUGAUCAUGGCAUGCAAAAUUUUGAUUUAGUCACACCAAAUGAACAUUUACAUUAUAGUGAAACAAUGCGUAACAUUAUUGGUCAGAUUACAGCACUAUGGGAUAUCUGUCGACAAGAACGAAAAGCUAAUUCAACACCAGAAUAUACAACAGAAACAAAUCCAGCUGUUUUAAGUGGACGAACAUGGCGUCCUUGGGGUAAUUGGCGAAAGCUUAUUAUAGAUGAUACAAUACCAUUUGAUUCUAAAAAUCGAUGUCUUCUACCACAAACAUCAUUACCAUAUGAACUUUGGCCUAUGCUUUUAUCAAAAGCUUUAUUAAAAAUAAUUUCUCUUGAUUUUCGUUCAUCAAGUACAUAUGCUGAAUACAAUGAAACAAGUGUUAUUCAUGCACUUACUGGAUGGGUAUCAGAACCUAUUCCACUUAAAUAUACUCAUGCCACAAAAGUAUGGGAAUUCCUUCGUUAUGAUCGUUCAAAUAGACUUGUAACGGAAAGUGAAAGUGGAGUAAAUAAAACAGAACAACAACCAUCAAGUCCAUUACCAGUUUUUGGACCUGUACCAUUAUUUAAAUGGACUGAUACAAAAGCUGAUUCAUCUGAAGAAUCACUUUUAUUAAAUGAUCAAUCAGGUCAUCAAGAUGAUACGGGAACAGAAAGUCUGACAAAAAAAUCUGAUGAUAAAAGUGCCAAAAAAGGUGGUGCACCAGCUGGUUUAGCAGCAUCGAAAGAUACAGCUGCAAAAUCAGCAACAGGAAAAGAAGCUCGAGCUGGUGGUGGUGCAAAUGUUGGUGCCAGUAAAGAUGCUAAAAAAAUAGGCGGUGUUGGUCGAGGAGGUACAACAGAAGAUCCAGGAGCUGUUGUUGAUGAUCAAACAAUACCUGAAGCACCCAAAAUGAUUGUAUUUGCUACUAUACCUCAUUUAGAACCAACCCGUAUUAGUUCUUAUGGUGAAACAGCAGAUAGAAGUGAACGAUUAAGACGUUAUAAUUUAAAUGAUACAUUUUCAACAUCAAUGUUACUUACUUGUAUUCGAGAUCUUCCAUUAGAACCACCGCCACCACCUGAAUAUGUACCUGCAUGGAAACUUAUUCGACCAAAAAAAUCAAAAAUCUUGCCACAUGCUGAACCAGUUGUUCCACAAGAACCGAAACCUGACCGUUGGAUUGAAAUAGCUUCUCCUUAUAUUAAUUAUCCAACUGCAAGUGCUCUUAAUAUGAAUGUAAAUACGCCAGUUCCUGGUGCUACAUCACGUUUAAGUCAUUCAGCAACACAUUCAACCGUAGCUGACGUACCUGAAAUAAUCGAAGUAGAUGAAGAAGGAGAUAUUGAAAAUAUUGAAUCUAAACCUGACAUUGAUAUUGACGUUGUUCAAGGUGAUUCAAGUCCAAAUUUAAUUAAAAAAGAUGAAUUAAUGUCACCUAAUAAAGAGUUAAAUACUAUGGGUCCACCAGAGACACCUGAUGAAUCUACACGUGGUACAGGAAGUAAACUUAAACGUGAAAAAUCAGCUGAUAAAAGCAAAAUAAAUCGAAAAUUAGCUGGUAGUAAAUUGGAUUUAGCUGGUGCAAAAGUAUCAUCAGAUGCUGUUUCUGUCAAAAGUCGAGGCGCUGAAAGUGAACACAAUAUGACACCACUGGAUAUUCAUGGCACUGGAAAUAAUACAGAACAUCAAGAUUCUCAAUCAAAAACAAAUGAUAUUACUUCAAAUCCAAAUAUAAUUCAAUCAAUGAAAAAAUCUUAUACAACACCGAAAAUAUGGAUGGAUUUCGACGAUUUUUGUUCAUGUUUUACAUCAAUUGUUGUUUAUCAUAAUCCUCGUGGUUAUCAAUAUACACAUAAACAUACAGAAAUUAAGCCAAGUAUUGCUUCUGCAACAAAAGAAAAGAAAAAAGAACCAAAUCCACCUGUAACUCAACAAUUACCAAAUUUACAAGAUGAGAAAUCACCAUUAUAUUUAUUUGUUGAUAGUACACGUGACAGAUUAGAUAAAAAUAUUGAAUUAAUUAUUAGUUUAACAUCUUUAUCACGAUGGCUUGAUUCUGGUGCAACGGAUGGUGCAAGUCCGCUAGGUUCAAUGUUGCCAACAACAACUGAAAAAGUUGGUCGAGGUGGAGGUGGAUCAACUGAUAAAGCAUCUGCAGAACUUAGUCCAGUAAGAGGUGUAGGAAGUAGACGACGAACAAGUACUGUUGAAGCACUUCCACAAACGCCUGGUCCACAUGUUAAUUUACAAGAUGGAAGCGUUGUUGAAAUGUCACAAAAAGAAAUUAUGCCACAGCCAAGUUCACUUAUUGCUGAAAUUUAUUCUUGGAAAUCACUUUCAAUGGGUCAACCUAUUCUUCGUCUUCAUACAACAACUACUAAAGCAUCUUUUCUUACAUUACCACCGGGACGUCAUGUAUUAAAAUUUAGUGUUACAUGUCCAUUAGCUUGUCAUCUUCAAAUUAUGUCGGAUACAAAUGAUUUUACAUUUGGUGAUGAAGAUCAAUUAUUAUCAAAAAUUGUUUCAGUAUCAGAAGAUGCUGAAUUUAUAUCACGUGCUGAAGAAUUAUUUCUUGCAUUUGAUGAUGCUAUACAAAAUUUUAAUAACAUAGAUCAACAAGACAUUAAACUUAAUGAAUUAUUUCGUUUAUAUUGUGAAUAUGCUUCGCCAUUAUCGAAUCUUACUGUUCAAACAUGUUGGAACACAUUUAAUCAAGCACUUUAUUCAACUUUACGUACCAUAUGUAAUGGAUCUGGACAACCGCUUAGUGCAGAAACUCAAUUUGCUUGGAGAUGUUUUACAAAUGAUUUGGCAACACCAGAUAUCAUGGGUGUGUAUGAAUCCAGACGACCUAGUACUUCAGGUGCAAGUCGUAAUUCAGCGCGAGCUGGUAAUGCACCAGGUGCAGGUGGAACAGGUGCUGCAACAACAGGAGUACCAGCUGCAGGUAAAAAAGGUGGCGGAGGAAAAGAUAAAAGUAUUGAUGAUAAAGCUGCCAGCAAACAACUAUCACAAUUGAGUACUUCAUUAUCUACGGCAGAACUUCAAGAAGAAUCAAUACCUGAUUGGCUCAGUCAUGAUUUAGCAUCGAAUGAAUUGGAAUGUAUUAUUAGUAUUCAAAAGGUUGCUCGAGGCUUUUUACAACGACGUAUAUUUCUUGCUCGUACACCUGGUACAGAAAAAAAUUUACUUACACAACGAUUAUUACAAUCAACAAUGGCGAUACUCAAAGCUGAUACAAUGAAAUCAGCUUUACUUCUUUUUAAAAAUCUAAUGGUAAGCAAACCACAAUUAAUACAAUGUUUUCAAUUUCGUAAUGAUGAUUGGAAUAUGGUUUCAUAUCGAGAUUAUCUUGGACAAUAUCAAGAACAACCAGCAAAUACUUGGUUUACUCUAUUUCGAGAAAUUUUUUAUGUGAUUGAAGAAGGUUUUAUUUCUGGUAAAUUUCUUUCUCAUGCACAAAAUUCACUAUUACGUGUUAUUAAUAAUGAUACAUAUGAUGAAAUGCCACUUAUUUUUAAUCGAUUAGCACCAUCAAUGUUUACAAAAAAUAAAUUAGGUUAUACAUUUUUUGCUGAAGGAAUAUCACUCGAUCAACCAAUAACAACUGGUCGUUUUCGUCUACGUCUAUUAACAUCUUAUACACAUUUACCUGAACCACGUGUUGAACAAAUAACAUCAUCAUUUAUUACAAAAGAAAUUAAAGAUUAUUAUGUUCCAAAUAAACAACAAACUAUAUGCAGAUAUCGUAUAACUGUUGCUGAUGAUUUCAAUCAAACUGGUCGUAAUUUUCACUUAGCUAGUAUUCAAUUUAGUACAUCAAAAUCUGAUGUUUUAAUACGUUUAACUGUAUUAAAUAAUAAUGAUGAAGUUGUUAGUGUUGAAGGCAAAGGCAGUGUUGUUUUACCUGCAUUUUUAUUUAUGCGAGAUGUUACUAAUGCAGCAAGUAGUGUUGUACAAGCACCACCACCAAUUCAACCAUUGUCAAGACCACAAUCAAAAACAGGAGGAGCAAUUAAAAAAGAUUCUAAUAAAGCUGCUGGUGGUACUGCACAUCGAGGAAGUGUUGUUGAAUCGUCAACUAUAAGUAGUGGUCGAUCGGAUAAAGAUAGAAGUGGAAGUGAAAAGAGAAGUUUUCAUAAAUAUGUUAUUCAAGCAACCGUUCUUCGUAAAACAUGGCCAUUAACACCAACUCAAUGGCAGUUUGUUGAACAACUUAAAGAACAAGAAAAGAAUGAAUUAAAAAUUUUUAAUCGACAACCAUCAGCAAAUAAAACGGAUGGAACCACAGGAGGUGGAGCAGGUGCAGGUAGUAAACGAGCAGGACAACCAAAUACAAGUACAGCAGCAAUAGCUGGGAAAGGAAAAGGUGCUGCAGCUAGUGGUGGUACAGGUAAAACUAGCACGACUACGUCAGGUCGACCGGGUACAGGUAAAGCAAGUGCAGAAAAAGCAAUCGAUACAAGCAAACCUCAUUGGAUAUUACGUGUAGUAUCUGAUGCAGAUAAAGCGGAUGAAUUAACAAUUAAAAAAGAUACUGAACGAAAUGAAGAAUUAAUUAAUAUGAAGAAAGCAUGGGAAACAUUUGAAGCUGGUCGAGCUCAAAAAGCUAUGAAAGCAAGACAAAAAUUUCUUGAUUCUUUACAACCAAAAGUUGAAGAACGUCCAACAUCAAGUACACUAGAUGGUACAACAAAACGACCUGAAAGUCGUACUGGUGAAGAACCAUCUAAUGCGACUCCUACAACUGCUACCGCAACUGAACAACAACAUGCUGCUAAACAAACGCCAGCUGCAACAGGAUCAACAACGAAGAAAAGUGCUUCAUCAACAGGAAAUAAAAAAGGUGUAGCUAAAGAAGAUGCAUCUAAACAAGCUGAAUCAACAUCAGCACAACAAGAACUUACACUACCGCCACCAAUAGUUGAUGAACCUCUUCUCGAUCAACCACCACCAGCUAAACCUAAAAUUAUUUUACCACCACUUGAUGUUAAACCUUUUAUCAAACAAAAAAUGCUUUCUGAUGAACCAAUUGUAUUAGAUCCUCUAUUUGAACAAGAAGAUUUACGUCGUCGUCAAGCUGAAUUUCUUGAAUAUGCUAAAUAUGCAGAAGAAAUUCGUCAAAAUCGUGAAGAAGAUCAUCAUAAUAGAUAUAAAGAAAAAAUUCGUCAAUUAGAAGAAUAUGUUGAUUUACAAGCAAGAAUUGAUCAAUCUCGUCGUACAAUUAAUGAACCUCGUGAAGCAUUUCGACAACGUUUUCUUGAAGUUGAACGUAAACGACUUGCCGAAUUAGCUGCUCAAGAACAAGAAUUAAUUGCAGCAGCUGAAAAAGCAAAAGCAACUGCAGCUCCAGCCAAAGGUAAAGGUUCGGCUGGAAAGAAAGGCAAGAAAUAA